AUGACCCGGCGCAUAGUACGGACACUGGGUCAAGUCAGCGGCCUGGUCAUCCUCCUCGCCAUACUCGUUUGGAUCGCCGACUCCCGCUACCGAGUGUUACCAGACUCCAUUCACUCUGCUCUACCUUCACAUCACACUGGGACCGUUAUUACCGACGUUACGAUCGCUUUCUGCUCCUCUGUGAAUCCUCUAUCCAACUGCCGACUGGACGCAAAUAAGUGGAAUCGCAUCGAGAAAGAUCUGUAUUUGGGGACAGGAUGGCUCAACAGUGCCUAUCUGCAUGUUCAGCGCAAGAAGGAGGAGGAGCUUACGACUGAGGACAGGGUUGUGAUAGAUGUCAAGGUUGGCAGAUUACAGCCCGAAGUGAGCGAAAAGGGUCAGGGAGCGGAGAUUUGGGAAAGCAGGCCUGGAGGAUUAUUCAUUCUGAGGAGCAGUAAGAGACAUGACAGCGAUUCGGACAAAGCAGUGACGGCUAUCGAUGUGCUGUUUGGCUCUGAUGCCGUGGAUCCUAGGCCAAACUGGAGUCUUGCUCAGCUGCCUCUACUGGUGGAUGGCUCAGAUGGGGGACGUCCUCCACGGUUGAGUGUCCGACACGGUAGGCCCAAAACGGAUCACUCUCCGCCUGUUCCACGCGUGACAAAAGAUGGCAAGUUCAAGAUUCUUCAAGUGUCUGAUGCACAUCUCUCGACUGGCCUGGGUGCAUGCAGAGAUGCGAUCGGGCCUAAGAACGAACCGAGUACUGCUUGUGAAGCAGACUCACGUACUUUGGAGUUCAUUGAGGCUGUACUGGACGAUGAGAAACCGGAUUUAGUCGUUUUGUCAGGCGAUCAAACCGAGGGUCCUGCUGCGCCAGAUACGCAGACUGCUAUCUUCAAGAUGGUAGCUCCUCUCAUUGAACGCUCAAUACCUUUCGCUGCCAUCUUCGGCAAUCACGAUGACGAAGGACCCAAAUCGCUUCCCAGAGCAGCCCAAAUGGCUCUGCUUCAGACUCUCCCCUUCAGCAUGAGUCAGCCUGGUCCGGAUAACAUUGAGGGUGUAGGGAACUACUACAUUGAGGUGCUGGCGCCGGGAUCACAACAUUCUGCAAUCACUCUGUAUCUCCUGGACUCGCAUUCGCUCACGCCGGAUGAGAAGAACUACAAGGGUUACGACUGGAUCAAGCGAGGCCAAAUUGAUUGGUUUCAAAACACUGCCCAAGGACUGAAAAAGAAUCAUCACAAAUAUAGCCACAUUCAUAUGGACAUGGCAUUCAUUCACAUUCCUCUGCCGGAGUACGCCGACAAGAAGAAUACUAUAGCAGGCGGCAAGUGGAAAGAGGGCGUGACCGCACCUGGAUAUAACUCCCAUUUCUACGAUGCGCUGGCUGAAGAGGGUGUUGUGGCGGUUGGUUGUGGACACGACCAUGUAAAUGACUAUUGUGCGCUGCGACCACCAAAGUCGGAAGGUCGAGACGAUCCUGACUCCGACGCUGAGCAUCCACAACAUGGCAAGAAGAACAAUCACAUUGGGCCCUGGAUGUGUUAUGCCGGUGGCUCUGGGUUUGGUGGAUAUGCCGGGUAUGGAGGCUUCCAUCGGCGCGUGCGAGUGUGGGAGGUGGACACCAAUGCUGGACGCAUGACCACGUGGAAGCGUGUCGAGUGCUGCGGUGAAGACACCAAGAAGCAAAUCGAAGAGAUUACUUUGGUCGAAGGGGGAAAUGUAGUAGCGCCUUCAUGA